AUGAGCGACAAUGCUUCAUUCACGUUCAUUGGGGACAAUACCCACGGGUCUACCCUGAACCAAGGGUCUAUCGUCACUGGAGACGGCUCGCACGUCGGUAACAUCAACCACUUUCACACCGCUACACAGCAGGAUUCCGCGCGCAAAUCAUGCCUGAGAGACCUCCUGGCAGCUUUGGGGGAUGAUCCAGACGACUACCGGCAGAUGCUCGAAGACCGCAAAGGACCGAAAACACUGGGUACCUGUGAGUGGGUUUCGGAAACAGACGCAUACAAGGGCUGGAUCGCCAAGUCUUCCGGCCUACUAUGGAUCUCCGGAGAUGCCGGCAAGGGGAAGACUAUGCUUUCUCUUCAUCUCGUCAGCAGCCUGAAAGGCCACUCUUCAGCUAUGAAUGUCGUCCACUUCUUCUGCAGUCGAGACCACGGAAGGAACAAUGGUGCUUCUAUUCUCCGCGGCCUUAUCUAUCAACUGCUCUCUCAACGUCCAUCGCUGUUUGAGCAUGUCCUGGAUGACUACGACAAGCACGGUACUAGUCUUUUCGAUGACAGAAAGUUUCAAGCCCUCUGGGCCGUCUUCGCUCGGAUGUUGCACGACCAGAAUGUCGCACCCAUUACAUGCAUUCUGGACGGCUUAGACGAAUGCGAUGAAGAGGGUCUAGAAGACUUCUGGGUGAAGAUUCAGAACUUCUCGUUGUCAGCCGCAAUCACCCAUACUCUAUCGAGCAAGCAAUGGAUACUUUUCCUCGACUGCGUCUUGAACCCGAUAACCAGCCACAUGUCGGGUUAG